AUGGAGGGGGUAGAAGACUCGCUGGUGAGUGCUUCCAACUCUAGGGGAGCCUCUCCACCCCUAGACAUGGGAGAUGUGGCAAUCCCUUCUACCAUCACUGGGGUGAGCAGGGAUGAGCAACAGAAUGCUCAACUGGGAGAGAGUCCCCCAGAUGUUUCUGCAUUGGGUACCCCCUCAAUGGAUGAAGAAGACAGAUAUGAAUUUUUAAGUUACUCAAAUUAUUUCUUCUUAGAAGAACAAAAUAACGUGAACACAUAUUUUGAAGUGAAAAACGUUUUAACAAAUACCAACCCUACAUUAACAAGCUUUUUCAAAUACAUCUCCCUCCUAUCUCAUGUGAUAUAUUUUGAUAAAGUGGAAGAAAAAAAAAUGCUAACAUCUUGUGAUGUACAAAACAUUAAUGACAUUUUACUAAAAAAUGAACAAAGCAAUAUCAAUAGUUGCACAGUUGCGUACAGCUGCAUCGUCCUCCUUCUAGAUGUGAUAAAGUUGAGUCCCCAUGCGGGAAUAAAAAAUUAUGUCUAUUGCCAGCUAGCCAAAAAUGCACAAAAAAUUGAGGACCUGUUUUUUUCCAUUUAUUCUUUUCAAAAGGGAAAGCAUCGGGAUCAUUUUUAUGUAGUUCGAAAAAAUGAAGCCAUUUUCAUAAGUGACUUCGUAACUUUAAAUGUUAUUAACUUACUUAAUGCGGAAGAUAAAUUAACAAGGAAUUAUGGACUCAGACUUUGUCUCCUCUUUUGCCAACACUUGAGUGGAUGUAAUCACCUUGUCCACAUGGUUUUGAAAAUCAUUUUUAAAAAAAUUAAUUUUGAUGAAUUCUCUUUGGCUCUACUUGUCCUCACACGGUGGACUCCUUUUCUCUCGCAUGAUGUUCUCUACCACGUGGUGAGAGGCCUCUACCACAGCGCGAUGGGGCGGUCACGUGGCAAAAGGGAAAUACCCACAGCGGGGAAGAACACCAUUUGUGUGCCUAUCACUGGGGAGGGAGACCGACCAGCCAGUGGAACCCAGACACAGGGCGGGGGAAGUAGCCAGGAAAAAAAUUGGGAAACCUAUUUGGGGGAGAAGAUCCACCAACAAAGGGAUGUUGAGGGAUCCCCUCCAAACGGAUGUGCCGAUGCGGAAGUGAACAAAGCCUCCAAAGGACCCAUCCUGGACAACCCUUUCACGUUCACCAUACUUAUGUACCUUUCAAAAAUUGCAAAUAGAAUGAACAACAUGGUGCCCUACGUAAGUUAUUUUCUUUUUAAAAAAUUUUGGAAAAUGAUUAAUAAUAUGCUGAACGAAGAGGAACAUGUCUGUACAAGUGAAGAGACAGCCAUAACUAUUCUCCGUGAAUACUUCCACAGCACAACUGUGUUGAGUCAUCAAAAUGAGUUUCUUAAAAACCUUCAAAUUAUCUCGAUUAAAUUUUUGUUGAUGGUACCCCAAACGAGGUUGAUGAAGCGCAGACAGAUAACAUAUUUCGCUCUCAAAAGUUUGUUAUUUUUGAUCAAAAAAAAAAGCAUUUAUGUCUUCCCAUUUGUGGAUGACACAUCGGAGAGAAGAAAUGCAUUCGACCAACGGGUCAACAACUUCCACUUUAAUUAUUUCUCCUUCGUGUCCACUGUCAGGGAGCACGAAUUGGUAAGCUGGCUAAAUCGUCUGUCGCUCUCUCGUGACGACAGCUCUGCCCUCUUCAUGUUUGUGAAAAUUGUGUAUCAGUUUUUUAAGGCAGCCAAUAGGGGAAAUUACCUGACCCGUUCAGGCAGAAAUGGGGAUAAUUACCUAACCCGUUCAGGUAAAAAAGGGGAACCCAUUUCUCCACUCCCUGAUAAUCACUGCAAAGAAGAAAAGGCAGGUGAAGUGAGCGCAACGGAUAGCCAUGCCAACCGCUGCAAAAUGAACUUCUUACCCAUUUUAAGUCGAGCGCACAGCGAGCCGUUUAUUCAGAACUUUGUGUGCACCAUGAGGGAUAGUCUCCCCAGUGAGAUGUUUCACGCGGACAGCUCCCCCAAAAAACAUUACAAGUUUACACACGAUUAUGAAAUGGGGGAAAAGGAACACCUGCCCAUAGGAACCGCAGCAGACCAUCUACCCAGUCCUCCCCGUAAGGAAAAUUCUGACCAAUGCGAUGAAAAAAAAAGAUCAAGUUACGAAAAUAACAGCGCCGGUGGAGAACACAUGGGGCAAUUCUGCUUCACCAUAACGUUGAGCGAUAGUGCCAGAAGUGAAGAUAGCGGCGGUGGCGACUCCACCGAUGAACACUUUGCACCGGGAAGCAUGUCCCACAUGGAAAAGCGGGCGGGGCGCGAUGAACAGAAAAGGGUGGACCUCUUUUUUCAGAAGUUCGUCCACGUGGCGAAGGAGAACGAGCAAGCCAGCGACAUUAAUGUGAAGAAGCUGGACAUAACGCUGAAGAUAAGGGGAAGGAUUGCGUGUAGGGGGGAACAACAUCAGCAGGAGCAACAUGAGCAGCAGGAGAAGCUGAAGGAGGAUCCACAGGCAGAACGAGGGAUCCACCCACCCAAGGAACGGGCUGACCAAGCGCAGGGAGAACCAGUGAAAAGGCCCCAUCCUAGAAGAGAAAGUAACGCCCCACCAAAGAGGGAGGACGGAACGGUACUCAACAGUAAACAACCCACCCCCUACACUGAUGAUAAAGCGGAGGAGGACCCAGGAAAAAGCUCACUGAGCGAUGCCAUUAGCGAAAUAAGUAACGACCCAAACAGUCCAUCCAAGCAGAACACCAUAAAGAAUUCAUUGUACACACAAGCUAGAACAGAUAAACGAGGGAAGCUUGGAAAAGAAAAUGUCUUCCUCUACUGCUACAACUGGCUACAGAAAAAUAAAAUAAGACUCCACAGUUUUGUGCAAAAGGAUAAAUUAAAGUACUUCAAUUUGGGGGAAUCCUUUUUUGCCCAGUUUAAGAAAGCAUUUUUAAAAAAAAAAAAUAAAAAUAGCAUAUAUAGUACAUAUAAUAACCGACAUUGGGACCGCAGGGGAGUUAACAAGACACAUGAUUUUGGCCAACUUCACCACGACGGUGAGGGAUUGCCAUCGGGAGAAGAUAUUCCAGAUGAUUCAAUCCUAUACAGAGUGAUGUUUAUAAGGUUGUUGUUCUUCCUGUGCAGACAUAGCGCUGACCAUGUGUCGACCAAACUGUGCAUUUUAAAAACGCUUACUAUUCUUGGCCAGUAUAUUCUAUGCGAUGAAGACGUGCGGGACUUUGUUAAUCUGUUUAAUUUUUUUUUUCAAUUUUUUGUGUACAAUAAGGAGGACUCCAAUGUGGAUAAUACCCCCCUGGAGGGGGUGGAGAACCGUACAGCCAUCGGCGAGACAUGUCGCACGAGCAAGAGUUUAUAUGGCAUGGGUAGAGGUACCCACAUGGGGGACAUGUCCAAUUUUACCAACAGGAGGGGAAGUAAAUACACGCAUAGUGGAACUCACCUCAACCGUGCUGAUGGGUUAUACAAGGUCAGGGAGAUACGGGAGACCAUUACAUCUUCCGACUUGGAAGCUCACGAGGAAACAAAUUUUGACCUCUUCUUAAGCGAUCUGUUGCAGUACAGAUUGAACGAUCGAGCUUGGGGCAGCAACAACUGUGCUCCCUAUCAGCAAAGCGAUGCCUUCAAAAGUGCCAUGCAGACGUGCUUGCUCAGUGUAGCCGCCAACUUAGGGAACUGCACAAAUGGACACCUCCUGAACUGCCUUUUCCAGUCAUUUUGCAGCAACGAAUUUGUUCCAGUCUUCCACCUCCUCUUUACACUCCGUGCGGAAAAAAUUGUGCACAUUUUGAGGGACCCCUUUUUUUAUUUGCUGAUAGAUGGUCAGGAGACAGAAGAGGAUUAUUCUGCCCAUGGCAAAGCAAACGACAAAUAUGGUAUGUCGUCCAACCACUUAACAGAAGAGGUGAAAAAAACAAAAAAAAAGACUUCCCUCGACACACUCGUUAGCCAUGAUAAUGGUCGCAGUUGUGUUUAUUUUCUCAAGCGAAGUAAAUUUUUUCAAACCUUUAACAUUUGCCAGCGUGAGGAUGACCACCCAGCUAGCUAUCACAACAUCAGACACCUCUUUCAUUUAGCCCUCGUCAGUUACGGGAAGGGCGAAGAAGUAUCGACGGCCCUGCGAAAGAAGGUUUACGUUUUUCUCACCAUAUUAAAUCAUAUAUUUUCGUUUAAGGAGAAAGCCACACCAUUUUGGCAUGCCGUCAGGGGAACUCACCAAAAAAAAAAAAAAAAAAAAUUAUGUACAGGUCAGGUAAAUUUAGUAGGUGAUGGAAACCAAAAUGGAGGGAAACGUGUGGUUUGGGGUGACACGCGUGGCCAGGCGGAAGCGGGUCAACGUCUUCCAGAGGGAAGUAAUUCGGGCGAGUCAUCAAUUGCUCAAAAGACGCUGCCCCGGAGGGACAACAGUGGCAGCGGUGGUUAUAGCGGUGACAUGGGUAGCAGCUAUAGCAGCUGUAGUAACGAUAGCAACUGUAGUAGUGACACCCCCCCAUCCACACACGCCUCAUCAGACGGCCAACCCAGCUCGGCGGAACGGGACCACCCGUCCGAUUGCAGCUCCGUUUCGUCCAUGUCGAACAAGUCCCUUCAAAGGAAAGUGCAAAACAUGUACAGAAAGUUACAACACCAAGAAAGAGUACAAUCGGAAGAAAAUAUCCAAGUAGCCAAUUUAAAAAAAAAUCAAAGUUCCUUUUUUUACCUGUACAGGGCAGGUAAAUAUUGCAUGUGUGCAGGAUUUUACAAACAUGGAUAUGCUAUCUUGGGAAAAUUGUUUGUCCUGGCAAACAUUGGAGAUGUAAAGUUGUGGUUCAAAGCUUUAUUAAAUUAUUGUAACUUUUUUUGUCGAAAGAGGAAGAAGUCGUAUGGGGAUUGGAAAACUUUUUUAAGUCCAACAAAAUAUUUACUUAUCUCUGAAAAGUGCCUGAAGGAGGUACGUAUUUUCCACCAAAAUUUUUUUCUUUAUGGCUUUUUUGUGAAGAUACAAAUGAACAUUUACCUAGCUGUAGAAGAUUUGCUAACUCUUGUGAGUGACAUUCGGGAUGAAAUAAAUUUCACGCUCACUUAUUUUGUGUGCAAUGUAGAAAGGAUUAUCACUUCGCUGGUGGAAACUACACUGGGGAUCCUAACCCUUGCUGGCAUCAGGCAUUUGUUCGCGGGGUUGUCCAAAAGGGUCCUAUUUCUUUAUGUCGUUUUCCUCAAGUCCACGUUCGUUCUGUGCUACUUCUUGCGGCACAAGGUGAUCCCCUUUUUGUUCCUCAGUCCGUCCUGCGUGCUGAAAGCACCCCCCGUGGAUGAUAGCGAUGCAGACAGCGACGGAAGUAGUAGUGAAGUGAGCGGUGAAGGGAGCGUUGAAACGGGAGGAGAACGCAGAGGGGGAGGACACCAAGCCGUGUUUAACAUAGGCAGCUGCACACUACACGACCUGGUGCACUUUUACUUAAACAAGAGGAAGAUAAAAAGAAUGCGAAACAAAAUUUUCACAAAAGAGGUGACAAAUACACAGGGGAAGAAUUUUCCAGACGUCUUCGACUACGUAAUGACCCUAUGGAAAGUGGCAGCUUCCAAAUUUUUUUUUUAUGAACAUGUUCAGAAAUUAAAGGAGCUUUAUGGUCAGUUCUUUAAAGACGGCAUGGUGAAUAAAAAAAAAAUUUUGUCCUUCAUGAAGGUGUAUUUGGAAGUUGUUUACCGUAUGGAUUUGCCAACCCCUCCUCGUGUUUUUUCAUCGGUGGCAGUCCCCUAUGUUACCAGUUCGACUUACGUGUACAGAUCGAUCAAAGGAAGAGCACCCUGUGAAGUGGAGUCCCUCAAGUGCGUGGGUCAGCUGGUCUCCCUCAAGGCUGCCUCUGUGCGAGAAUUCCACUUUUGUAACGUAAAACUAAUUUUAAAAAAUAAAGUCCUCAGAGAGGUCAACGUAAGAAGCCAAGGAAUCAACGUCACCUACACGGCCCACAUUAAAAUGGGAGAAGAUGAGUGGACCCAUUUCACCAUUUUUUUAACUCCCCUCGAUAGGAAAAAAAGAUUGCUUGGUCAGGCAAAAGCGACUGUUUUUUAUUUUAAAUAUGUGUGA